UUUAAGGCCGGGUGGGGGCGGGGCGGCCGGCGGUGUUGUCAGUGUCAGCUCUGCGCACGCAGCCCUCUCAGAGACGGAUCCUCUGCCGGCCCGCGAGCCCCCGCGUCCCUGCAGACGAGUCCCCGCUCGGGUCUGGCGGGGCGCGCGCCGUGGGAGGAGUCGGGCGCUGGCCGGCGACUAGCCGGGGUCGGACUGCCCGAACGACGGAGAAAGAGACCCCGGCUGCGGAGAGAAGGAUCCCAGCGUCGCGACGCCCCAGCACCCCUGCCCCGGAUCUGUGGCACCCACUAGUCCCCGGCACUCAGCCUCCUGAGAGCCCCCAAGCCCGCACGCCCAGCCCUGGGGGAGCCCGCCCCCGCCCCGCCGCCCACCCGGGCCAUGCUCCCCCGGGGCAGCUGCUGAGCCCGAGCCGGGACCGGGACCCGAGCCGGCGCAGAGCAUGGAUCCGGGCUGGGGGCAGCGGGACGUGGGCUGGGCGGCCCUGCUGAUCCUCUUCGCCGCCUCGCUGCUCACGGUGGCGGGCUGGCUGCUGCAGUACGCCCGGGGUUUGUGGCUGGCGCGGGCCCGCGGGGGCCGGGGCGCGGGGCCCGCCUUAGCCGCCGAGCCCGCGGGCUCCCUGCGGGAGCUGGGCGUGUGGCAGUCGCUGCUGCGGCUGCGAGCGACUCGGACCGGCGUCCCUGAGGAGCCGGGCGUCCGGGGCCUUCUGGCGUCGCUCUUCUCCUUCAAGUCUUUCCGGGAGAACUGGCAACGGGCUUGGGUGCGAGCGCUGAACGAGCAAGCCUGCAGGGACGGGAGCUCCAUCCAAAUCGCCUUUGAGGAGGUGCCCCAACUCCCACCCAGCGCCAGCAUUAGUCAUGUGACCUGCGUAGACCAAUCGGAGCACACCAUGGUGCUGCAUUGCCAGCUCUCUGCUGAGGAGGUGCAGUUCCCAGUCUCCGUGACCCAGCAGUCUCCUGCUGCUGUCUCCAUGGAGACAUACCACGUCACUCUGACACUGCCACCAACACAGGUGGAGGGGGAUUUGGAAGUCAACCUGGAGGAAAUCCCUGGUGAGGGGCUGCUAGUAUCCUGGGCCUUCACCGAUUGCCCAGAUCUCAGGCUGACGGUGCUUCCCAAGCUACAGGCCAGGGAGAGAGGUGAGGAGCAAGUAGAGCUCUCCACUAUCGAGGAACUGAUUGAGGAUGCUAUAGUCAGCACCCAGCCAGCCAUGAUGAUCAACCUCAGGGCUUGCUCUGCCUCUGGAGGCUUGGUGCCCAGUGAGAAGCCACCUAUGGUGCCCCAGGCCCAGCCACCUGCCCUCAGACCUACCCGGUUAUUCCUGCGGCAGCUUCGAGCAUCUUACCUGGGAGGCGAGCUGGGAGGCACCGGGGAACUGUGCUGUGUAGCUGAGCUCGACAACCCCAUGCAACAGAAGUGGACUAAGCCUGCGAGGGCUGGUCCUGAGAUGGAGUGGACGGAUGACCUGACACUGGAUCUGGGCCCCCAGAGCCGGGAGCUGACCCUCAAAGUUCUUAGGAGCAGCAGCUGUGGAGACACUGAACUCCUGGGCCAGGCCACACUGCCUGUGGGCUCCCCCUCCAGACCACUGUCCCGAAGACAGGUGUGCCCACUCACCCCAGGGCCAGGAAAAGCCCUGGGCCCGGCAGCUAUUGUGGCAGUGGAGCUUCAGUAUGAGGAGGGCUCCCCCCAGAACCUGGGCACUUCUACCCCAUCUACGCCACGCCCUAGUAUCACACCCACCAAGAAGAUUGAGCUGGACCGGACCAUCAUGCCCGAUGGCACCAUUGUCACCACAGUCACCACCGUCCAGUCCCGGCCCCGUGUAGAUGACUCCCCCUCCCGCUCCCCGUCCAAGGUGGAGGUGACUGAGAAGACGACAACUGUGCUGAGUGAGAGCAGUGGCCCCAGCAGUACCUCCCACAGCAGCAGCCCAGGGGAGAGCCACCUUUCCAACGGCUUGGACCCUGUAGCAGAGACAGCAAUUCGCCAGCUGACUGAGCCCAGCGGGCGGGCGUCCAAGAAGACACCCACCAAGCGUAGCACCCUGAUCAUCUCUGGGGUUUCCAAGGUGCCCAUUGCUCAGGACGAAUUGGCGCUAUCCCUGGGCUAUGCGGCCUCCCUGGAAGCUUCAGUGCAGGAUGACGCAGGGACCAGCAGAGGCCCCUCUUCACCUCCCUCAGACCCCCCAGCCAUGUCCCCAGGACCCCUAGAUGCCCUCUCCAGCCCCACCAGUGUGCAGGAAGCAGAUGAGACAACACGUUCAGACAUCUCUGAGAGGCCGUCCGUGGAUGAUGUUGAGUCGGAAACGGGGUCUACAGGUGCCCUGGAGACCCGCAGCCUCAAGGACCACAAAGUGAGUUUCCUGCGCAGCGGCACUAAGCUCAUCUUCCGCCGGAGGCCUCGACAGAAGGAAGCUGGUCUGAGCCAAUCCCACGAUGACCUCUCCAACACGUCGGCCACCCCCAGCGUCCGAAAGAAGGCCGGCAGCUUUUCCCGCCGCCUCAUCAAGCGCUUUUCCUUCAAAUCCAAACCCAAGGCCAAUGGCAACCCUAGCCCCCAGCUCUGAGGGCCCUCCUCACCUCCUGAGACAAGAGACGGCAGGAGUUCUCUCUGCCCGUUCCCCACAGUCCCUUCCAUACCCUUUCCUGGAUGCCUGACAGCCUGGGCCAGGAAAGCCCUCUGGGUUCCAGGAAGCCCUGUUCACCCUGGGCUGUGGGGCCAGUUUUAAGGGUACUUGUAACAGGAAGCAUGUGACAGGUGGUCACCUGUUGCUGAGGACGUGGAAGAGGGAGUCGGUGGCUGGGAGUGAGGAGGGCUCUGUCCUGACACGUGUGGGCAUUCCUCAGAACCGUUUGCCUCAUGUUAACAUUGGCCCCUCAGAGGAGUCCUAGGGUGCUCAGCUCCUCGGCUGGUCCUUCCUCCCCUAUUUAUUCUCUUUUCUAUUUAUAUGUGUGGUCCAGGACCCUCAGUGAACAGAUGAUAGAAGGCAUCUGUCCCAGGAGGGUAGGCAUUUCCCUUUGGGUUGGGGCUCCCCCACCUCCCUCAGGUCCCCACUCAAACCAGCACCAGUGUCUGCCUCUGAGGACAUUGGCAGCUCACAGAGAGCCGGGCCGGCGCCCGGGCUGGGGGGCAGGUACUCCCCACCUCCCCACUUCCCUUCUCCUCAUCCCUCUCUCCCCUUUAUUACUGUUUUUGUACUUGAUGCUUUCUCCAUGAGCAGUGGCUCUGUUGGAAGGAGGGAGCCAGGAGCCUGGUGGGAGGCCUUCCCCAGAGAGAUGGCUUUAGGGGCUUUAUUUAAAGACUGUAUGAUGAUGAAGCAAGGGCAAGGCUGCACUUCUGCAUGUGGGAGACGAUGACUCCCUUUGCUGCGUGAUGGCUUGGAAUUUAAUUUAUUAAAUUAAAGUCAAAUUGGAGUUUAUAAACUGGACAACUGGUUAUCCUUUGAAAGGUGUAGAGGCAGCAAGGCUGUGGUGGUGAUAGCGUGGGAAGGUCAGAGGCAGGGGCCCCAAUAUUGAGGUGGGAAAGGGUGACAUACAUAUUGGGACUGUGAAGGAGUUCCUGUGGGGCAGAAGGGACACAUAGAGAGGACAGGAGAGACAAGAGUCUUUAAAAGGUGAUGUUCCAGCAAAAUAGUCAGUAGGGUAUAAAUAUAUAUAUUAAAAAAAAAA